AUGGCGUCGCUCGCGGUCGCACUCAGGCUUCCGCUGCUACUCUUCCGCCAACCGUCACCGAAGGAUCGCAAGCACUCGCAUUCCAAGGACAGCGACGACAAUGAGGAAACACCACGCCUCGUCACCUACGACGAACUGCCCAAAUGGUACCGUGACCAGGAGUCUCCCUUCAUCCGCACGAAAUACCGCCCCGUAUCCAACAGCUACAACGCCUGCCUCCAAUCGCUCAGCUACCUGCACAACGAAUCGCUAAACAUCUACACGCACAUGCUGCCCGCCCUCGCGCUGGCCCUCGCGCUCCCGCUCCUCCAACUAAACAUCUCCCGCAUCUGCGCCGCAGCCCCCUGGACCGACCGCUUCAUGCUAACGCUGACCCCUAUGGCGGCGCUCGCCACGCUCUCCCUAUCCUCCACCUACCACACGCUAUGCAACCACUCGCCCCUCGUCAGCGCCUCGUGCCUGCUGCUCGACUUCUCCGGAAUCCUCGCGCUCAUCCUCGCCUCCUUCAUCUCCGGCAUCUACGUCGGCUUCUACCACCACCCCACCCAGCAGCGCCUCUACUGGGCCAUGAUCCUCCUACUCAUCGCCACCUCCUGCACGCUCGUCCUGCACCCGCGCCUGCAGGGGCCCGUGUACCGCCCGCACCGCACCGCGGCCUUCAUCGCCACCGCGUGCUCGGGCCUCGCGCCCACGCUGCACGGCCUGUGGCUGCACGGCGCGGCCCGCGGCUUCCACGCCUGCGGCGUCAAGUGGUGGCUCGCCGAGGGCUUUUGGUACGGCGUAGGCGUGCUGUUCUUCUUCCUCAUCAUCCAGCCUGUCCUUCAAUCUCAUCACUUUGGCCGCCUUAUCAAUCUCGACCGCGCCGUCAACACACGCGUCGAACUCAACGAGCAGUCGGCACAUUUCCGCGCUGCGCGCUCGAACAGCGUCCAUUCUCUCGUGUUCUCGCCGGCGGCGCUUCCUGAAGCUCUGGGCUCUUGUCCUCCCCGGCCUGUUAAGCAGACCUUUGAGUGCCGGGAGGCAGCCGUUUUCAGCCGCGAAGCAAAGAACAGCAUUGGCCCGGGAAAGCAGUUCUUCGCGACAGUCUUCCUCGAAUAA